GUGGGAUAGAGUUUCACGUAAGGCUCGAUACUCGGUAGAUGGUUGAGUGAAUAGAGCGGGUAACUAACCAAAGGGUCUCGUUACUUUAGUUUAUAUCAGGCUCUACGUGUGAACAGGUGUAUUUCCGAACGUGAAUUGUUGCGGUUUAUUUAAACACAGAAAACGCCGUGGGUGAAGUGAUCAGAAGCGAACAAAUUGACACAAUUUUCUAGAUUGAAAAUAUCCUUACAGAUUCUACAAACUAUUCCUUAUUCACGAUUUCCAUCCGUUCAGUGACUCUGUAUUUCCCAAGACGCUUUUUUCGAUACUUAUGAAUUUACGAAAUGGGAACACAAUAAAUUGUAGCGCUCUACAAUGCAUGCAGCUCUCUUCGCGAAAUAUAUGUUCGAAACGCGUGUAUGUAUGACGGGAAGUGCAUGGAAGCGGAAACGUAAUCUCUUACUUGAUACGGUUUCCGUAAUUUUCAUAUGUUAAGAUUUUUUUUUAUUUAUUUGAAAUAAUGGUGUAUUACCUAUUGGCAGUCCUCAUAACAUCGAAGUGUGGAAGCGAAUAAUAUUCCAAGAUUUUGUCAGCCCUAACUUUACCACUCUGGUUUUAAGUGUUCUAAACGUUUUCUAAUCCUAUAAAAUUGCGGAGAAAAGUAUAUGGGAAUGUGCCGUUGUAAUGUUAUAGUUUCAAACGACAAUCAGUUACGGAAAUGUUACAUUGUUUAUAGUUUGUGAAAAUUGCUGGAGGAACUUAUAGAUGCAAUUUAUUAGAAGAGGUAAAAGAUAAAUCGUAGAGUAACAGUUUUGCUGGUGAAAUAUUUUUAUUGCUGUUGAUACGACAUAUUGAAUGCUUGUGUCCAUGUUUGUGAAUAUCCGGAUUCGUUACGGCGUGUUGUUUUGCGAGAGUGAAACCAGGCGGAAUAAAAUCGUGAAGGGGUCUGCAUGAAAAUGAUAUUCACCGAUAUAUUAAAAAGGCUAUGACUAACGAUGCAAUCACCAAUCAGGAUAUUGAUGCUUGUCUUUAUGUCGAUCCUUGUUCAAGCCAAUGGCGCCAUACUCGAUUCGAGAUGCUACUUGGAAGGUGGAGGUUCGGCCGAAAGCUUCUUGGCAAGUGAAGACAUGGCCGUGGGCUCGGUCAUCGGUAAAUUGCGUGUAAAUGGAAAUCCAAGUGAAGAUGACGAAGUAGGAGAUAUAAAUUUAUCGUUACGGGAGAAGGAUGCACCGGUUAAGAUAACGCCUGGUACAAAGGAUUUAGUUCUAGUCACGGAAUUGGAUAAGGAGGGCGUCAAAGGGCCGGCAUCGAUUUACGUUGAUGUGAUUUGUGAUCGAAGGUACUCGAGUGAUCCGAGCUUCGUCAUUCCUGUUAAUGUGCGAGUAACUGAUGUGAACGACAACGCCCCUCAGUGGGUCGGUGCUCCAUAUUCCUUGAGCUUGUCAGAAGUAACCGUUCCAGGAACAAGAAUCCUGCAAGGAGCCAAGGCUAUAGAUGAUGAUCAGCAAGGACCAUUUUCCACCGUCGAAUAUCAAAUUCUUCCCGGACAUUACUCGAUGUACGUGCAAUUUUUAAAUCCCCUGGAUGGGACCUUAGUUCUCCGAAGACCUCUCGACUAUGAAACUCUUCGUAAUUUUACUGUGCGCCUUCGCGCUCAGGAUCAAGGAACCCCUCCUAAGUUUUCGGAUACAACACUUCGAGUAAAUAUAAUCGAUGCUGAUGAUCAGAAUCCAAAGUUUCUAGAGGAGUCAUAUCGAGGGGAAUUGAUUCCCGAAGCAAACCCGACACAGAUCAAAAUCUUUCCAGAACCGAUCAAAGCAGUAGAUCAGGAUGAAGGAAUUUGUGCUCCGAUUCAAUAUUCAAUAGUUCAAUCGCCAGAGUCGAAAUACUUUAGGAUUGACUCGAAAACUGGAGAGUUGAGUUUAGCCCGCACUUUGGGCCCGUCGGAAUUAAAUAAUCCGGUGACAGUGAUCGUUAAAGCCACCCAGAUUGAUAACAAUGAUCGGUAUGCCUUCGCAACCGUCUCAUUAUCCCGACCAGGGACACAUAGUGAUAUGAGCGUUCUAAGCUUUGUUCAAAAGAAAUUCACCGUGCGCGUCCGGGAAGAUGUAAAUGUUGGAAGCAGGAUACUCGCGUUGCCAACGAAUAAGCCAGGGAAGCAUUUGAAAUAUUACAUAACUGAUCCACUGCAGGCGCAAUUUUUCUCUAUUGGGGCAUUGGGAGAAUUAGUUUUGAAAAAAGCAUUGGAUUAUGAAAAAAAUGUAAAACAUAAUUUCGAGGUGUGGGCGACAGAUGGUGUUAAUAAUGCAACGGCAGAGGUUCUGUUAGAUGUGAUUGAUGUGAAUGACUGGGAACCUCGAUUUCGGCAAUCACACUACGAGUUUACUGUAGGGAAUGAGGUGGUCCACCCUAACGAUAAGCCAAGUGAUCUUAUUAUCGGUCGACUUGAAGCAGCUGAUGGUGAUCGAAAUGAUCGCCUACAAAUGACAUUGAAAGGACAAUAUGCCAGCCUAUUUGAUAUUGACUCAUCAGGAAAUCUUUGGAUGCAUAUGGAUCAGACAAUCAAUCAAUCAAUAAUCCACUUGAUUGCGACGGCAACCGAUUCUGGGGUACCUCCUAGAAGUGCUUCCGUUCCUGUGACAAUAACCAUGGAUGGCGUAGCUAUGGCACAAACGUCUUGGCCAUCCAGUAUUCUUGGCCUUUUUGGAUUUGUUGUCGUUCUGUUUGUUGUAGUUAUCCUGGCUCUGUCUUUUUAUAUAGUAAGAAUGCGAAAGACUCCAAGAAAAUCGAGAAAUCGUGUUCACAGUCAAGCUCAUAGUACUGUUUCUUCGGCGGAUUUAGUAACCCAUGAAAAAGAUCCUUCAAAUGGAAAUCAUAUGAAUGGAAAUGGAGUAGGUGCUGGUGUGACAAUGUCAAAUCCAAUCAAUGCACAUGGUGGUUCGGGAAGUAGUCUUAGUGCUGGUGCAUCGACGAUUUUGGCUGCCAGUUUAGAGCGGGAGGCACAGCGGGAACGUGAACAACGGGAACGGGAGAAUUACACAGCAACUGUGAGAAGCAUCGUUUCUCGAGCUUCAGCUGCCCAUGGAUGUCCUGAUUUCGAUCCCGAAAUCGACCGUGACUCCAUCAUUAACACUGAAAACCGAAUAUCACCCACAACGAAAAAGCUCAACUGGCAGAAUGGAAAAUCUGAGCUGAUGUCCUCAGCUGAUACGAUAGGUUCGGCGGAAAAUAAUUUAACGGUUUAUUUUUAAGAAAUUAAAUGUUUGCAUAUAUUUUAAUGCAUUGUUAUUUUUUCAUUUCAUUGUAUUCUGGCAUAAUUAUGCAAUUUUAGUUUAUAUAUAUUCAUAUAAGGUUAAGCCCCAGUUGAUAUACGUACAUUGGAUUUUGUUGCGGAAUGCAUUCAAUAAUGUGGAUUGAAUGGAACAUUCUGAAAUUUUAUCGGAAAUAUGGACAUUUACAGAUUUUCCGACAAAAAUGUAUUUGUACUUUUUUAUGAACGAAGAGGUGUAAAUAAUUUGAUUUUUUAAUUGAAUAUAAUGUAAAUAAACGCAUUUUUCUAAA